CUCAUUCGAACGUGAAAUCUUGUUUGGAGGAUUGAAAACCGAGAAUUCUCUUAUCUCACUGUACCUAAUUGUAAAAAUGAUUCCAAUGGACAAUUAAAACCAUUUUUACGUUUUCUCUUGGUCAAAAUGGUUUUUCCAGUUCACUAUUGCGUAACAAAUGCGUUCCCAACGACAGAUUUUCAAAUCUCACUCUCUGCCAAGGAGCAAAACGCGGACCUACUAGCUUCUUACAACUAGGCUACUGUGUUCGGUUUUGAAAGUCUCCGCCAUACCGUCACCGAAAGAUGAUCCCACAAUCUCGACCCAACAAGCAACGUAUCCAAACACCAUCACUUCGUCGAGCACAAGAUUAUGGAGUUUCAACACAGAAGACUAGACAAUAACAACGUAGUCGAUGUUUGGCGGGAAGAUGCACCUGCCAUGACGCAGCAAUUCGAGAAACCAACGGCGACGCUUCGGAAUAAAGGAGCGCUGUGGAAAUGGCUGAUGCUCGGUGUGGGUACAACGCUCGUUUUGGUGACAAUGGAUGUCGUAAGGCAAUCCGCAACAAUUGUCCAAAAUGCCGCCAUUCCUGUGGAUAUUUUCGCACCUUUGACGGACACUUCUCCUCGUCUUUUGGAACACUCACCUGGAAACAAGGAGCAACCUCAUGAUGCCACAGUCAGUGAUUUCCAGAAGCAGCUCUGGUGGGGAGAAGCCAUUCGGGAAAGCAGUAACCAGAUGAUUGUCCAAACAAUCGAAGUUGCAAUCGCGUAUUGUAGUUCGGACCUGAAUCUAAUAUACGAUUCCGUUUUGAGCCAGGUGCCCAACCAGAAAAAGGCCACCGUGAAAAUAAUCGUCUUGUCCAAAUGUGGGAACGAAGCAGACGUGCCCAAUUUCAUUGAGGAUCCUCGUGUCAAGCAAAUCGACGUUGUUCCUUUGCCAAAUGUAGGCGGAUGUGAGUACGCGUAUGCGUACUUUGUCAAUCGCUACGUUGCCAAGACAACUACUGAAGAAGCAGCGUCGUCCGUGGUACUGUUCAUGGAGGACACUCCCAGGACAAUGGAAAACUUCCGAUUGCUCCCAGUCUACAAGGGAUACCGAAGUGUAGCUGAAAUGCUUCGAAUAGCGUCUGGAGAUGAAUUUGCCUGUGGCGUCACACCAGACUGCGCACAUUCCGCAUUCCACGACACGUCUACACUAUAUGAAUUUUGGAUAGGUGAUUAUACAAGGACAUUUCUACAAAAGGAGCAUGGUGGAAUGCAGGACAACCAACUUUUAAAUCCGUUUCGCUAUAAGAAUCUUCGAGAGUGGCACGAAAAGGCCCUCAACUGGAUAUUUCCGAAUGAGAACGUCACUGCUGUUUGCUAUGCUGGAACAUUCAUGGUACCAGCAUGGCGUAUAAUGAACUUAUCACAGCAACCCAGAGAGAGACGCGUUAUGGAAGCUCUUGAAAAGGAGCUGGCUCGUAACGUCUCAACUUCUAUUGAAGAGCACUUUACAGAGAGAACAUGGGCUGGCUUUUUUUCGGUCCCUUUGGAGAAGGAGCACACUGACAUGAUUCUUGACAUCAAAACAGCUAUCAUGCAUAAUCAGGGAGCAAAUCAUGGACAUCUCAAGAGUGAUAGGGAGCGGAUGUGUUAG